UGUUCCCCGUCGGGUGUGAUGUGCUCAUUUGCGUCAGGGCUCAGCUCCGAUUCCAUACGAUUCUCGAAAGUAGCAAUAACAUUUUUUUCGCAAUAACAGUGCACUUAGAUUGAGUUGUGUUUAUCAUCAUCCUUUCAUAAUUAUUCGGUCGCGAUCGUGCGUGGUGCGUUCCAAGCGCACAUAAAUAUUUGGCCGCUUCGAGGAGGAGUUUUCAAUCGUCGCCGAACGUCGUCGUUGACCUGCCGCGCUGUGCCAAUAAAACAGAAAGUGACUUUUUAAGUACAUAAUUCUCGUUUUUCUCUGUUUCGCGAAUUUCAUUGACCGAAUUCGGGGUCGAGUGGAAGAAAAGUAGGUGUGUGUGCUUUGUUGUCGCAGUGAAAAAUCGACAAAAUGCGGCUGUUCCCAGUGCGGUUCAAUCAGAUCCAAAAGAUGUUGGAUUUCUACUCGCAAUUCAACCCGUCGCCGCUUUCCAUCAAACAAUUCAUUGAUUUCGGUUUGAAUGCUUGCGAAUCGAAAUCAUACAUUUUUCUACGAAAAGAACUUCCAGUACGUUUGGCAAACAUCAUGAAAGAAAUAGCAUUAUUACCGGAAAAUUUAUUAAGGACAUCAUCAGCUAGUCAAGUCAGUGCCUGGUAUGCUAGGAGUUUUGAAGAAGUCAUCCAAUUUGAGAAAACAGAACCAACUCAAUCAAAUUUAGAAAAAUUUUGCUCGACACUGGUGCAAAUUCGAAACAGACAUUCUGAUGUUGUUCAGACAAUGGCACAAGGCGUCAUUGAAUUGAAGGAAUCACAAGGCAAUGUGGAACCAUCGACGGAAUCAUCAAUACAAUAUUUUUUGGAUAGAUUGUAUAUGUCACGAAUCAGUAUAAGAAUGCUGAUCAAUCAACACACGUUACUUUUCGGCGAGUUUCCGAAUGAGAAUCAAGGACGACAUAUUGGUUGUUUGGAUCCAGCAUGUGAUAUUAGUAGUGUAGUGCAAGAUGCAUAUGAAAAUGCCCGAUUUCUCUGUGAUCAAUAUUAUCUUGCUAGUCCAGAACUGAUUUUACGGGAGCACAAUUCAUUGGAAAAUAAAUAUCCUAUACGAACAGUAUACGUGCCAUCGCAUUUAUACCAUAUGCUUUUUGAAAUCUUUAAAAACUCAAUGAGAGCUGUAAUGGAACAUCACGAUCACGAUCAUUCCGAUAAGUUGCCACCAUUACAAGUGAUAAUCGUGCAAGGAAAGGAGGACAUUUGUGUUAAGAUUUCUGACCAAGGUGGCGGCAUCCCUCGCACACAUAUGGACCAUCUGUUCAAAUAUAUGUACAGUACAGCGCCUCAACCAUCAAAGUCUGAUAUGCAUACAGUUCCUCUCGCUGGCUAUGGUUACGGUUUGCCAAUUUCUCGUCUGUACGCAAGAUAUUUCCAUGGUGAUUUGGUUUUGAUGUCUUGUGACGGUUUUGGAACAGAUGCAGUGAUAUAUCUAAAGACACUUUCUGACGAGGCCAAUGAACUAUUGCCAAUUUUCAAUAAGACAAGCACAAAAUUCUACAAAUCAACUGUACCAACCGGAGAUUGGUCUAGUCAGGGCUCAGUUAUGAACGCACGCCAGAUGAACGCCGCAAUACCGAAACGGUGCAUUGAAAACGGAAGCAAUGACUCAACGGAGGAAGUGUCUCGAGAAAAUUGAACCACCCUCCCCUCCCACCACAUCAGCCACUUAGACUGCCCUUACAUUCCCUACCCUUAUAGAAUCUGAAAAUGUUGCUCCCAACUUAAAAAGGAUUUAAUAUAACAAAAAAGAAAAACAGGAGCCGAUUAGAAAUCCGCUCGUAUUUGGAGAUUUAUUGUCGCUUUAGUGUAAAGUUAUGUACCUAAAAAAAACAAGCAAUUUGUUGUAAAUGUUGUUAUAUUACCUCAGAGGUGCCCCUCCUACAAGGAGAAGCUUAAAAAGUGGCUCAGUAGAUGUACGAAAUACCCAUAUCACAUUUUUACAGGAGCUGGGACGAUAUUUGGUUUUAUUUAUUGAUUACACACUGUACUUUCGGUUAUUUUUUACAGGAAUUUGUGACUACACAAAAUAUGCGAAUAAACAGUAUUAUAAAAUCGA